CGCGCAGGCGCUGGAGCGCACAGGGACCCCACCGCCGGCGAGGCGGGAGGAUGGCGCUCGUGGGGCUGCCCUUGGUGCUGUUAUUCUUGGUUGGGGACUCGGCAGCCUCUUUGAAUGCUCAAUUUAGUCAACAUUCAGAACAUAGAACACCAAACUGCGAUCAGUAUAAAUUACCAGGAUGUCCCAGGGACUUUAGCCCUGUGUGUGGAAGCGACAUGUCCACUUAUCCCAAUGAGUGUAUUCUGUGCAUGAAAAUCAGGGAUGAUGGUCAUGAUAUUAAAAUAAUCCGAAGUGGACCAUGCUGAUGGAGCAGUUCACAGAAGAGGAAUUGGAGAACCCACCUUCCACUGCACACUAAAUGAACUUCAUUUCCCGCUUUUCUUUUUUCCUGUAUUUCUUUGCAUGAGAUUUUCUGAGAUGAGUUGUGUAAGAGGGCAGUGACUGAUAAAACAAUUA